CCAGUCGUCCCAAAUCCAUCAGCAGUUCACCACUGAGCAGUAGCACCCGUCUCCUCUCCUCUGCCCAGUGCCCAUGCUUCCCCCGUUCCAUUGAAAGUAGCAAUCAACACUGUCUCCUCUCAUCUCUCCACUCGCACUAUUCCCAAGCUACAGCCCUAAUCCUGUCUCUCCUCAUCUUUUCUCCCUCUGCCCUCUUUCGCAAGAUCUCUCCUUCGUAUUCUCUUUUCGCUUUUAACUCCACGGCAGUCCCUCUUCUGUCACGAGCCAAGCCGAGCGCAGCCAGCAAAAGAGAGCGACGCCGCCUGCACCAAAGCUCGGAUUCCCGUCUAUUUUACCCCCGCCCCCGCCGACUCACCGUCGCAAGAUCCAUCCGCAGGUGUCGGCGGCCCGCGGCCCGUGCGAAAGAUGGUGCCUUUCCUAGGCUCCCCAGUGUUCUGUCAUCGUUUCUUGGCCCCUAUCUAAAGCGGCGGUUUCCAGGGAGCUGCCGUCCCCGCCCAAUUCAGCUGAGGUGGCGGCAAGUGGGUUUAGGGCUCGAUUCAGUGUGUUGGGUCGUGUCUGACUCUGACCCGGUGGGGAGCGGUGGUUCUUGGCUAGUUCUUGAGCUGGUUGCGGCGCUUAUCCCUCUUCCUGGAGUUGUUGGAUUGGCUUGGGGGAAGCAGAUUCUUGCCACCGAGGGUCCAGCCUAGCGAGCUGCUGCUUCGGUUAUCGUAGAGGAGUUUUCCUUUUGUGUUCGGUUGGGGGGAGAGAGAUGGUGCUCUUGCGUUCUCUGGAUUGAGCAUUCCGAUUGGAUUUCGGCGUUUCGUGCGGCUUCCAGUCCAUGGAGGAUUUGGGGCUGUGGAACCAGGCGUGGAUGUGGGUGCUGUCCCAGAAGCACAUCCUGGCGUGGGCGCACACGGCGGCGUGCGGCAGCAGGGAGCGCCUCGCCUUCUUGGUCGAUCGCCACUGGCCGGCCGUGUCCCGGGGCUGCGCCACCUCCUCGCGCCUCACGCUCGCCGCACUGCGGCAAUGGCGUGGGUGUAUGGCGCGCGGGGUGCUGGCGGUGGCGAGCCUCGGCCCUGCCGCCGUCUUCGUCAUCCUCUGGAGCUUCUUCGUGUGCAUGACCUCGCCGGCGUGCGCCCUCUACGCGCUUCUUAGCCUGGGUGCUGCUGCUGCAGUUGUUCACUAUAUGGGCUAUACACCUGGCCUUCUCAUUGUUGGGCUGUUUGGCAUAUUGAUUAUGUGGAUGUAUGGCUACUUCUGGAUUACAGGAAUGCUUCUAGUUGCUGGAGGUUGUAUGUGCUCUUUGAAACAUGCUCGAUAUGUGACACCUGUUUUGACGUCAUAUGCUAUUUAUUGUGUGGCUGUUCGUGUUGGGUGGCUCGGAGUCUUCUUGACAUUCAACCUUUCUUUCUUGACAAAUGAUCUUCUUAAUAAGUUGGCGCAAGGAUACGAAGGAAGCACUGAAGAAAGCCAGUUUGAAGACAUGAAGGAUUCUGAUCCAGUUAUGGAUGAGUUCUAUCGUAGUUGUGAAUUCCCAUCGGUUCCUGACAGUGAACCUGAGACCGUGUCUUCUGCGAAACCAUACUGCUCAGCGCCCAUCCAAGAUGUGUUACAUGUACAAAAAGAAGAACCUCCUAGUAAAAUAGUGAAAUCUGAUUCUAGUUCAUCGGAUGAGAUUAAGAGGAUAAUGGAUGGUUCAAACCAUUAUGAAGUUUUGGGUGUGCCUCGUAAUAGAAGCAUUGACCAAAAGGCCCUGAAAAAAGAAUAUCACAGAAUGGUCCUGCUUGUACAUCCUGAUAAAAAUAUGGGAAAUCCAUUGGCUUGUGAAUCUUUCAAAAAGCUUCAGUCAGCUUAUGAGGUCCUCUCUGAUUUCACAAAGAAAAACAGCUAUGAUCAGCAACUGAGGAAAGAAGAAUCACAGAAAAUGACCCCAAGAUCACGUGCUGUCUCGCAACAGAGUGGUGUAGAGUUUCUCUCAGAAGAGUCCAGACGCAUACAGUGCACUAAGUGUGGUAAUUUCCAUAUAUGGAUAUGCACGAAGAGAAGCAAAACAAAAGCAAGAUUCUGUCAGGGCUGCGAUCAGUUUCAUCAAGCCAAGGAUGGAGAUGGAUGGGUUGAAACCAGAUUUUCAUCCUCCAUCAAGAUGGAAAUACCACGAGCCUUUGUUUGUGCCGAGAGCAAAAUAUUUGAUGUGUCUGAGUGGGCUACCUGCCAGGGAAUGGAGUGUAAGCCUAACACUCACGGUCCAACUUUUAUGGUAAACAUGGUCGGCGCAGAUAGGAUGCCUCAGAGAUCCUACAGUUCCCGGUAUCCCUUCAGCUUGGACGCAGAGAUGAUCCCCGACGAUGAAUUCGAGAUGUGGCUUCAGCAGGCACUGGCGUCAGGCGUCUUCGCUGACAGCCCGAAGCGCAGGAAAAGCUGGAGCCCGUUCAAACUGCCUCAAAAGGGAAUUAAAAGUUGGCGAAGGUCGUCAUGAGGGUGUGGCAUUAUGCAGCAGCUGGGGUCUAGGCGGCUACAGGAUUGGAAAGAAGGUGAUAAUACAAGGCUUCAAGGGUGUAAAUAGACUGACCAACAAUUUGCCUGGAUGGAUAACUAAUUUUUGUUCCGAAGGAGAAAGAAGGUGAAAAAGAAACACUCUGAACGAACAGGUAUAACCCCAUGAGUUGAACUUGGUUCCCUCUGCAGCAUCCCACGAGUUUAGCUGUGAACCAGUGUGCUGUUCGUCCUAUGAUCAAAAUACCGGUGGAUCUUUGGUGUAUUAGUUUCAGUAGUUUAGGAAUCUGACCUCGAAGAUUUGCCGAAACAUCGUUCCUAAGACGGUUGAGAUAUGAAGGGAUGAAAAGUAGUAUUUCUAGCAUUGUCAUUCUGUAGGAGGGAAGGGAAGAAGGUUGAAAGUGAUACUGGAGACUGGCUGUAAAUACACCAGAAGUUCCCAUCUGUGGAAUUACUGCUUGUAACAUUGUAUACACUAACCCGGUCAAAAACUUCCAUAAUCCAGGUCUGUGCUGUGAUAUGUGGCAGCAUGACGUUCUGGUGAUAAUAGAGAUCCAAUUCUCUACUA